CACCCUCCCCCACUCCCCCCCCCCCCCCCCCCCCCCCCCCGUUAUGUCUUGAUAAUUUCAUGGGGCUUCUAAGAAUUAUCAUGCCGCCUAAAUUGCAGCUGCUCGUGGUUGUGGCGUUCGUCGUUACGGUUUUGUUCCUGGAGAAGCAGAUCCAGAAGCUGGAGGAGUCUCGGGGAAAGCUGGAGAGGGCAAUUGCAAGGCAUGAAGUCAGAGAGAUUGAACAGCGCCACACCAUGGAUAAUCCGAAGCACGACCAAGGAGGAGAUGAGAUGGACGACAUCAUCAUCCUUUACAAUCGUGUACCUAAAACCGCCAGCACCUCCUUCACAAACAUUGCAUAUGACCUGUGUGCAAUAAACAAGUACCACGUCCUGCAUAUCAACACCACCAAAAAUAAUCCUGUGAUGUCUUUACAAGAUCAAGCAAGAUUUGUUAAAAAUGUUACAACAUGGAAAGAAAUGAAGCCAGGAUUUUAUCAUGGACACGUGGCGUUUCUGGACUUUACAAAGUAUGGUGUGAAAAAGAAACCCAUAUACGUCAAUGUAAUCCGAGAUCCUAUUGAAAGACUGGUGUCCUACUACUAUUUUCUACGCUUUGGUGAUGACUACAGGCCAGGACUAAAGAGAAGAAAGCAAGGAGAUAAAAAGACGUUUGAUGAAUGUGUUGCAGCUGUUGGGUCAGACUGUGCUCCAGAGAAACUUUGGCUUCAGAUUCCUUUCUUUUGUGGCCACAGCUCCGAAUGUUGGAAUGUUGGAAGCAAAUGGGCUUUGGAACAAGCCAAAUACAACCUUGUUAACGAGUAUCUCCUCGUCGGAGUAACUGAGGAAUUGGAAGACUUCAUAAUGCUCCUGGAGGCAGUCUUGCCACGCUUCUUUAGAGGAGCUACAGAACUAUACCGUACAGGAAAGAAAUCUCAUCUUCGAAAAACAGCAGAGAAGAAAAUGCCUACAAAAGAAACCAUAGCCAAACUGCAGCUGUCCGAGAUCUGGAAAAUGGAAAAUGAGUUCUACGAGUUUGCCCUGGAACAAUUUCAGUUUGUUAGAGCUCAUGCAGUGAGAGAAAAAGACGGCGAACUUUACCUCCUUACCCAGAACUACUUGUUUGAAAAAAUCUAUCCGAAAGCAAAUUGAACAGUUUUUACUAGAAUGACCUGAGAAACUGCAUCAAGAAAUGUCUUUCUGCUGAAUCGGUUGUAAUCUUGGGGGGGAAAAAACACGCCCAAUGAUUUUUUUUUCUCCUCCCAACCCACCCCCCCCCCAUGUCCAGAAAUGGAAACUCUGCAGUUUGUAUCAAAUCUGCUGGGAGACAUUUAAAUCUGCAAAGAUUUAAUGAAUCAAUGGACACACGAGCAAGCAAAAUCAUUUACACAAUAUCCCAAAUGUGUAGAUGGCAUUCUGUCAUGAUUACUGAUCAAAUUGUGGUAUGUUUUAGGGAUUCCUGUGUCUUGUAAACUUUUACCAGUAGAACUAUUUUUACUAGGAUGCUUUAUAAAGUGUUUCAAAAGUAUUGUAAUUUCGGAGUAAGAUAAAGGAUAAAGUGCUGUAAAUAUUGCACAUUUUCAGUGUUUGGACCAAAAGGUUACAAAAGGUUUGAAGUAUUUAUUUUGCGCCAGUUUUGUUAAAGGUGGUGUUAUUGAAAACGUCCCAUCCAACAUGCUGUGCAUCCUUUUGUUCGAUACUUUUCAAUUUGUAGACUCAAAUCCUCCUCACUUAUUUGUAUCAUGCAAAGUAAUAUUGAGGAGAUCAAGAACAAAUGUGCCCUGCAGAGACUUGGCGAUGACCCGGCAGCAGUCUUUGAAGGUGCAUCGUGUAGCACUUGUGUGGGAAGAAACUGCAGAUGUAUCAGAAGGAGCUGCAGAUGCUGGUUUAAACCGAAGAUGGACUCAAAAUGCUGGAGUAACUCAGCGGGACAGGCAGCCUCUCCAGAGUUGCUACCUGUCCCGCUGCGUUGCUCCUGCAUUUUGUGUCUAUCUCACGUAGCACUUGGUUGCCCAUACCUUACGUUAGAAAAUCAAGGAGAUUCCCCAGUGGAGAAUCAUUUAAAACGGUUUAGGAAUCUGGUUGUGCUGAGAUCACCAAUUGGUUUCGACAGUAUUGGUAGAUUUUUAUUGGUGUUUCCAACCCCAAUUUAAAAGGUUACGCAGAGUCCUAUAUUGGAUUUCUAAGUACAUUUUAAUUGCACUUUUUAAAAAAAAAAUCUGAAAAUGAAAUAAUUUAUCCUGUAGGCUUGCUAUGUUUUCAGAGGGGGGCAUUGUGCUGCUGAAUUUCACAAAAGAGAGAUUCCUUGUAUUUAGCCUCUUAACUGCAUGGUGCCGUUUGAGUAUGUCCACCCCAAUCCCUGUACACAGUGGGAUCUGUGAUAUGAAAAAAAAUGUUUUUGCAGAUAUCUUCACUAGUUCCUUUGCCUCUCAUUCCUAUUGAAAAACAUUACAGUUUCCAAGAUAAAUAGAUCUGUUUAUUUAAACGGUUAAAGCUGAAAUUAUUCAUUGGGCGCUCUGGGCUUCAUUUUCUGUUGGUUGAGCAACCAGUGGUUUCGAGGGUCCUGCUGUGAUCAAGGUUGCUUUUCAUGGUUGAGGUAGAUUAUAUUUGCAGAGUGGGUUCCUGAUGGUGCUGCUAUGUGGCAGAAGUUUACCUUAAUAAACCAGAAAAUCCUACAGCAGUGGCUACUCAGUGUAGCUUUAGGAGGGGUGUUGGAGGAGAACAGGCAACAAAUGCAGUGAAAGGAAAUGUUCAUGCUUUUUGUUAUGGGAUCCUGAUUUUCCAUGUGUUUAGCAAUCCUAAAGCCUAAUGAAUACUGAUUUUGGGUAGAAUGGUGGUAGACCUGUUACCUCACAGCGCCAGCGUUCCGGGUACGGUCGUGAUCUGGGGUGCACUGAGUUUGCACGUUCUCCCAAUGACCGCGUGAGUUUCCUCUGGGAGCUCCACUUCCCUUCCACGUCCCAAAGACAUGUUGGUUUGCAGGUUAAUUGGCCUCUAUAUGGAUCCUAGGGUGCAGAGAGUGGAUGAGAAAGUGAGAUAACGUGGAUAUAGUGUGAACAGGCAAUGGACAGGCGGCAUGGGUCAGGUGGGCAGAAGAGCUUGCUUCCAUGCUGUUUGUCUAAACUAAACAAUGAACAAUGGCCCAGAGCUUCCAGAGAUAUCAUAAAAUCUUACAAAUUGAAGUGUAGAAACUAGGAACUGCAGAUGCUGGUUCACAACAAAAGACAGUGCUGGAGUAAUGCAGCGGGUCGCCUGUCACCUAUGUCACCUAUCCAUGUUCUCCAGAGAUGCUGCCUGACCCGUGGAGUUACUCCAGCAUUUUUUGCCUUUUCUUUUUACAAAUUGAAGUACAUGGUCAUGAAUGAUCCCACUUUAAGCGCCAACAAUUGGAGGGCAGAGAAUUAACAGCAGCAACAACUUUGUCCUCCCAUCCAAAAAAAAGGACCUUCAGUGAUCUUGGUCUUCCUGCAACUUCAGGACAUGUCAUCCAUGUGCCCGAGAGGUUAGCGGGACAAAGUCACAACACUAGGUUUAUUUUCCUAUCUUUACUUCAUGCCAUCUAACAGGCAAUAGUGGGUAUGGGAGGUACACAAAAAAGCUGGAGAAACUCAGAGGGUUCAGCAGCAUCUAUGGAGCGAAGGAAAUAGGCAACGUUUCGGGCCGAAACCCUUCUUCAGACUGAUACGUGGGUAUGGGUAUAAACUCAGCGGGUCAGGCAGUAUCUCUAGAGAAAAGGAGUAGAUGGUGUUUUGGGUUGAGACCCAUUUUCACAAGCUGCCUGAAGAAGGGCCUCGACCCGAUACGUCACUUUUUUUUCUCCAGAGACGCUGCCUGACCUGCUGUGUUACUCCAGUAUUUUGUGUGUCUUUGGAGUAAACCAGCAUCUGCAGUUCCUUCCUACACAUAACGGAGGCCCAAUUUGAGGGUGUUACAAAAAUGCCAUUACUACAGCAUUUCGGGUGUCAGAUUUAGUGACAGCUUCCACCCACACCUGCACCAGCUCUCCUGCUGCAAGAAUAUCCCGUCCUUUAAUGUCGAGCGAGUCUCUCAGGUACCGACCAAAUCAGAGUAAAUAGAUGUGAAUUAAGGGAAUUAAUGAUUGGAAUAUCAUGGGCUAGCAUUCAAUGUAUUUUCAAAGUUAGAACGGGGCUACAUUGUCUCCCCUGUAUUGCCAAGAUUGUACUUGAAAUGUUUCUCAAUGGUGGGAAGAUUCUCCUGUGCAUUCAGCUGAGGGUCACGUGUUGAACUUCAAAAACCUUGUUGUAUUACCCCUGUUGUGGAACUACUGACGCAGCUGUAAUCCCUUCACUCGUAAAACAAACUAUGGAAGAGUGGGGCGUUCAGCGUUAACCACUACUAAAUAAGCUUCAUAAAUUUCAUACGUAUCUGGUUGGGGGUUCUCGAUAUUUGGUGUUAUAGAAUUUUAAGCUUUUAGAUGUUUGCUGUAUAUUUAGAGGUGAAAUUAAACUUUUGUUCCACUGUAUGAUUGGUGUUAUUCCCAGCAUUGUGCCCAUCUCGCAAGGUGCAUAGUGUUGGAACUGAAGGCAUGAAUAGAUAAGGUACAGAAUGUAAAUACUGGGAAAAUAUGGAUUGUGUUCUAUAUAACUGUUUAAAACACAAGCAGCAGAAUAGUGCCUUCCUCAUCACAAUCCAUGUUGUAAAAAGUGUACAUUUUAAGCUCAUUUACGCAUCAUGAACAAUACCAAUGUCUUGACAUUUUGUGUAGAAUCAGAAAAUUGUUCUGUUUUCACCAUGGUAAGGCUUUUUUUUGGUUGUAGCUUUUCAUUUUUUCUGAUGCCAAUGCUCUCCAAUAAAUAAACCUAUUUGAAA